AUGACAAACAGCAAGUAGAAAAUAAUCUUGGACUUGAUGAUAACAGCUUCUCAGCAAAGUAUGAAACAGGAUUUGGGAGAAGACUUCCAUUUGAGAACCUCCCUUUCCUGGAAACCCACCCAGAACCUCCACCCUAUGACACCAUGGUCAGCGCCUGCUGUGGCUCCAUCUGCUCUGACCAGGGCUGUGGCCAAGGCCUCUGCCAGGAGACCUGCUGCCGCCCCAGCUGCUGCCAGACCACCUGCUGCAGGACCACCUGCUACCGCCCCAGGUGCUGUGAGUCCAGCUGCUGCAGACCCCAGUGCUGCCAGCCCGUGUGCUGCCAGUCCAUCUGCUGUUACCCCAGGUGCUGCAUCUCCAGCUUCUGCCACCCCAGGUGCUGUGAGUCCAGCUGCUGCCGCCCCAUCUGCUGCCUCUGUCAGGAGACCUGCUGCCGCCCCAGCUGCUGCCAGACCACCUGCUGCAGGACCACCUGCUGCCACCCCAGCUGUGGUGUGUCCAGCUGCUGCCGCCCCGUCUGCUGCCGGACCACCUGCCGCCCCAGCUGUGGUGUGUCCAGCUGCUGCCGCCCCGUCUGCUGCCGGACCACCUGCCGCCCCAGCUGUGGUGUGUCCAGCUGCUGCCGCCCCGUCUGCUGCCGGACCACCUGCCGCCCCAGCUGUGGUGUGUCCAGCUGCUGCCGCCCCGUCUGCUGCCGGACCACCUGCCGCCCCAGCUGUGGUGUGUCCAGCUGCUGCCGCCCCGUCUGCUGCCGGACCACCUGCCGCCCCAGCUGUGGUGUGUCCAGCUGCUGCCGCCCCAUCUGCUGCCAGACCACCUGCCACCGUACAACUUGCUGCCGCUCCAGCUGCGGUAGAUCCUCCUGCUGAACUCAUAUCUGACUAUCAACCAUGAGCCAGCCACCAUCACAUCAGUGUGAAAGUGUCAUUCAUUCUAACUUUUCCAUGUUUUAAAUGACCACCAAGUUUAUUAUCCUGUGACACUACCAAGCCACUGGAGAAAGAGCCUCCAUCUGGAUUCAGUACCACCCCUGCUUCCCAGAAAUCUCUUUCCUGCAUUCAGCCUCACAUGCACUAUGCUGUUCGAUCAAACCCCCAAGUCUCUGGCUGUUACACUUGCCUUGACCUUCAUAAUUGCAUGUUAACUAUUUCUCAAUAAUACUAUCUUGAUAUCAUAAAUUUGUGUAUCCUUCUUUACUUAUUUCUGAGAGCUGAUUUUCAGUUUAUUUUCUAGCAUUCUUUCUCUCAAGAUAAAGAAAAGUGUGGAUUUCUGUGGCCAGGAAAGAAAAUAGAUUUUUCAAAUGUUACCUAAUGCCUAUAUUAUAGAAAGGACUUUAUAUAUGUAUGUUUUUUCAAAAUAAGAUAACUCACCUUACCUAAUAAACAAUGGUUUUUUUAUCCAGUCUGUAAAAUGAUUAAUCACCUGGCAUGUUCAUUGCACCAUUGGGCUUUGGGGAGCAUUCCAACCUACGUGAGGCACAGUUGUUUCCUGCCAGGAGC